GUUUCCAGCAUGUGCGGGUUUGCCAUUUGCUUGGCAAAAAUCGAAGUCGGCAUCGCCUAUGCGGCCUGGGCGGCAUUGGGAACCGCCUUUGUGACGGCGUCGGGAAUUCUGUUCUUUCAAGAAGACUGCGAUGCAGUCAAAGUCUCGUGCCUUUUCAUGAUCCUGGCAGGGGUGGUGGGUCUGAAUCUUCGGGACUCUCAUUGA